CAGAAGCGUUCCGCCAUUACAACUCGUGUCCGUCGGUGUGCAGUACUUUUCCCACAUCAUGGCUCGACGAAAAGAAAGUGAUAGAGCUCAGCAAAAUAAUGAAGACUCGGAUUCUAAUCCUAAUGAUGAAUUGGAAGAAGAACCCAACUUUGAUGACCCGGAAGGAUAUGAAGACGAUAUUUCCGAACAAGAUCUUAUGGGUGACCUCAUCAGACAGCGACCAAAAGAAACCGACGGAGUUGAAUCGAUUGUUGUCAUUGAUGGUGUACCCCAAGUUGGCACAGAGAGAAUAGAAAAACUUCAAAACGUCCUGAGAAAGCUCUUCCAGAAGUUUGGCAAGAUAACUAAUGAGUACUAUCCCCUGAAUGCUGAUGGGUCCACUAAGGGUCAUGUUUUCAUUGAAUACUCGAAUGCCAAUGAGGCAUUGGAAGUUCUUAAAGGAACUAAUGGCUACAAGUUUGAUAAGAAUCACACCUUCACAGUGAACUUGCUGACUGACUUUGAAAAGUAUAAUGAAAUUCUUGAUAAGUGGGAAAAUCCUACUCCACAGCCAUUUAAGGAGCAAGGAUGCCUCCAAUACUACCUCCUUGACCCAGAUGCGUGUGACCAAUUCUCCAUUGUAUAUGAACAAGGAGACAAAGUUGCUGUGAACUUGAACACCCAACCUGAACCCACUCUACUAGAAGAAAGACCUAGAUGGACAGAGACAUUGGUACGGUGGUCACCCCUUGGAACAUAUUUGGCCACCUUCCAUGCAAAGGGUAUUGCCCUUUGGGGUGGAGAGAAAUUUCAGCAAAUUGUUCGUUUCAGCCACCCGGGAGUGCAAUUUAUCGACUUUUCGCCAUGUGAAAAGUAUUUGGUAUCUUUUAGCCCCUUAGCCGAUUCGAGGGCAACCGAUGAACCACAAGCUAUUAUAAUUUGGGAUGUCUUGAGUGGACUUAAGCGUCGAGCUUUCAAUGCCGAUAAAUCUCAAGCCUUGCCUAUUUUCAAAUGGGCACAUGAUGACAAGUAUUUCGCCAGAAUGGGAGUUGAUAUGCUCUCUGUCUACGAAACGCCAUCUUUCGGUCUCUUGGACAAGAAAUCGAUCAAAGUUCAAGGUAUCCGUGACUUUGCUUGGAGUCCAACCGAUAACACAAUUGCAUACUGGGUUGGCGAAGAGAAGGAUACUCCUGCUCGCGUCACUCUUCUUGAACUACCCAGUCGCAAUGAAGUAAGGGUCAAGAAUUUGUUUAGCGUGGCCGACUGCAAAAUGUAUUGGCAAAAGUCGGGCGAUUAUUUGUGCGUCAAGGUUGACCGCUAUGCCAAAAUCCGUAAAGACAAGUCAGAUAUUAAAUAUAGUGGUAUCUACUACAAUUUGGAGGUUUUCCACAUGAGAGAAAAACAAAUUCCUGUAGACUCGGUCGAAAUUAAGGAAACUAUUCAAGCUUUUGCAUGGGAGCCAGUAGGUACCAAGUUUGCCGUCAUCCAUGGCGAACCCCCCAGCACCUCUGUCUCUUUUUACGAAGUCAAAACAGGCCAGACACCUACUCUGGUUAAAAAGUACGAGCGGAAACCAUGCAACCAGUUGUAUUGGGCCCCUUCAGGUCAAUUCAUUGUUUUGGCUGGUCUACGAGCUAUGUCUGGUACCCUGGAAUUCGUCGACACGCAUGAUUUUACCGUCAUGAAUACGGGCGAACACUUCAUGGCUACUGAUGUAGAAUGGGAUCCUACCGGUCGGUACGUCGCAACUGCCGUUUCUUGGUGGGGCCAUAAGGUCGAUAAUGCUUACUGGCUGUGGUCGUUCCAAGGGCGCAUCCUUAAGCGAGUUGCGCUAGACAAAUUUUGUCAGUUGCAAUGGAGGCCUCGACCGCCUUCUCUACUCUCGGCCCAACAAAUUAAGGACAUCAAGAAAUCUCUGAAGAAAUUUAGUGCUCAAUUUGAAGUCAAAGAUCGACUAAAAAUGACCAAGGCUUCCAAAGAAUUGGUAGAAAAGAGGCGCAAAUUGAUGCAGGAAUACGAAGACUUACGCAAGCAAAAAUUAGAGGAGUACGCAGAACAACGCCGCCGACGCAUCGAGUUGCGCAACAAUGUGGAUACGGAUGAAACUGAAGGACGUGGAGGAGAAUUGGAAGAGGAGACAGUCGAGUUUUUCAUUAAAGAGGAGACGACAUUCAUUGACGAGUAGUUGUCUUGGGUACAAACGUUUACCAAAAUACCUCAAGAACUGCUAUCCUGUCAGCUGAAGGCAGCAUAUCGUGAGGUAUCGUCGGAUACCAUUAUUCGACACAUCCAAAAAGAAAAUGAAGACGACUAUAAUUUUGUGUGUCAACUAUUGGUUAUGGCUAUUUGUGUCCCUCUUUGGUUGGAAUUAUCACGUUCCCUUUAGAUUAUCAAAAAUAAAUUUUGAUUACCUCGUCGCGAGUAAAAUUGCACGAGAAGUAA